UUGUUCUCUUUGUUAGAAGGUUGAGACCCGUCUCAGUAUAUAGAUAGCCUCUGUUGAUGAUAUACUGUCUUCCUUGUGCAUCUGACUCAGUUGCUACUGUAUCAACUGUAGCCUACAUUUAGGUUUGAAUUAGAUAACGUUCUGGAGAUACUCUGAUAAAUGCCAGUUAGUAAUGUCAUGCCAAAAAAUAAGAAAGUUUAGCCAUGCGUUAUUGCAGAAAGGUAAGGCAGCUUCGCUUUGCAGGGUUUUAAAAACAUCUGUUGCGUCUUAUGGUAACGUGGCAUCUGGAGGUCCGACCAACCAAAUAGGAAAAUGCUGCGAAAAUGGUCAAAGUUGUGGAUCAAAUUCGGGUAUCCAGGCUACAGGGUCCACAGCCAUCCCAACUUCUCCAUCACCCGCAAAUCACAGACAAGUCGCAGGCAAGAAAUUUAAGGAGGCGUCGCCGACGUUUUCUGGAAGGGCAUUCACUACAGCACCCAAGAUUGACUCCAAGGUGUACCUUUGGUCAAGGUAUAAUGAGAUGAAACGACUUGUGCACGAUUUGAUUCCUCCAGGUGUAUGUAACUUACUGAACCCCUCCACCAUCUAUGCCAACAAUGAGGUUGACUUGGACGAAGUGGAAAUCUAUGGCUUUGACUAUGACUACACGCUCGCUUUGUACUCCAACACUCUUGAUACAAUGAUCUACAACACAGCUCGAGACUUCCUUGUCAAACACUACAAGUAUCCAGAGGGCAUUAGCAAGUAUGACUAUAUUCCCAACUUCGCUGCUCGUGGUCUCCACUAUGAUAUUCAGAAGGGACUGUUGAUGAAAAUUGAUGCCUUCCAUUACAUUCAGCUGGGGACUGUAUACAGGGGUCUGAAUCCUGUCCCAGAUGAGGAGGUUUUGGAGCUCUACGGUGGAACUAACCAUGUCCCUCUUGAGGAAGUCAGUGGCUUCUAUGGAAAGGGUCCUGUGAUGAAGCAGUUCAUGGAUGUUUUCUCCAUCCCAGAGAUGACUCUCCUGGCUGCUGCCAAUGACUACUUCAACUCCAAUGACAUUGAAUAUGACCCUGGUCAUCUCUACAAAGACGUUUCAGAUGCCAUUGGAAUGGUGCAUAUCAAAGGCUACAUGUACAAGUGGAUAAUGCAAGACUUGGAGAAAUAUAUCCUCAGAGGUGAUGAGACAUAUGCAGUUCUACACCGCCUGGCAAGCCAUGGCAAGAAGCUCUUCCUUAUAACCAACAGCCCAUUUAGCUUUGUAGACAAAGGGAUGAAAUACAUGGUAGGAAAGGACUGGAGGGACUUAUUUGACAUUGUCAUUGUUCAAGCUGACAAACCACACUUCUUCAACAGCUGUGGCAAACCUUUCAGACGUUUGGAUAGCAACGGGGACCUUCAGUGGGACAAGAUCAAGAGCUUGGAUAAGGGCCAGGUCUACAAACAGGGCAACCUGUUUGACUUUCUCAGGCUCACAGGAUGGAGAGGAUCCAAAGUGCUGUACUUUGGAGAUCAUCUGUACAGUGACUUGGCAGACCUGAUGCUGCGUCACGGCUGGCGGACAGGAGCCAUAGUACCGGAGCUGGAGGUGGAGACCAGGGUUGUGAACACGGAGCAGUAUGCCCAGGGCCUCACCUGGCUGCAGGCACUCACUGGUCUGCUGGAGCGCAUGCAGAUGCAUCGUGAUCCAGAGUCAAAGAAAGUUUUGCAGGAUUGGUUGAAGGAGAGAGAAGAGCUUCGAGCUGUGACCAAGAACCUGUUCAACCCUCACUUUGGUAGCAUUUUCCGCACCUGCCACAAUCCCACCUACUUCUCCCGUCGCCUGUGCCGCUUCUCUGAUGUCUACAUGGCAUCCAUCAGCUGUCUGCUGAACUACGACCUCUCCUACACCUUCUACCCUCGUCGCACCCCCCUGCAGCACGAGGCUCCCCUGUGGAUGGACCAGCUUUGCACUGGCUGCAUGAAGACUCCCUUUCUGGAGGAGAUGGCUCACAUCCGCUGAGAGGGACAAUCCAAGAUCUCACAAACCGCAAACUGAAUAUGAGAAGAUGCAGGAACUGAGGCUAAGCUGAGAGUAAGGAGGCAUGGUGGACAACCCAGAACAGGUUAAAGGUCUGCACGGAUCAUGAGUGCCACCUGCUGGGUUAUUAUAUGCCAGUAGGCCUACAGUAGUAGCAUAUCAUAAUAUCUGCCUAUUCAAGUCACCCAAUACCACUUGGUUGGCCAGGACAUUUGAUGGGUUUAGCUAUUAGUUUUAUUUUUAGGUUAGUUAAGGUUGUAACUUGUUAUCCACACCAUGUACAAAUGUAUGUUUUUGAUAUCUGUCACAUGACUUUUUAAAUCUCAUUUUAACCAUGUAGCCUGUAACGGACUGAUGUCAUAUAAUGACAUACAGUAUCUUAUGACCGCAUCAGUUUGAGUUUUGAGUAAUGGAUCUUGAUUAUUAGAAUUUUUACAAGUAUAUUUUAAGUCAUUGGUGUUACCGCCUUGAAAUUCACUCAUUACAAAGGACCUUGAGCAUAGGGGCCUAUAUUAAAGGAAAGGAUUAGUUAAUCAACCCCUUUUUGUGUGUCGUAAAUGUGAGGUUUGAGAAUUGUGUUUAAAUAAAGUGUCAUUUGUGUUG